GGAUGCCUCCGGGGGCCGUGAGCUCAUCCUCUGCCCCAGCCUGGCAGCCCUGGUCUAUUAGCAUGUGCUUGUUGCCUCAGUUUCCUCCUCGACAGUCCACAGACGCCUCCCCACCCCUGCUGAGGCCCCGCUGGCUAGGAUGAGGUCACCUCCACUCAGCUCCUUCCUGCUCCACACCCCUGCCCCAGUCACCUCCUCAACGCACCUCCCCCACUUUGCCUCUUGCAGAGAUUUUGAUUCACUUUCCAAGGACAAUGUCUUCGAGAAUAACCGUUUGGCCUUUGAAGUGGCUGAGAAGGAGCUGGGGAUCCCUGCUCUCCUGGACCCCAAUGACAUGGUCUCCAUGAGUGUCCCUGACUGCCUCAGCAUCAUGACCUACGUGUCCCAGUAUUACAACCACUUCGCCAGCCCUGGCCAAGCUGGUGUCUCAGCACCCAGAAAGGACCUGGCACCCUCUUCCCUGCCAUCCGAAACACCUACUCCAACGGAACCAGGAAACACGGCUCAGGGUGAGGAGCUCUCCCCCAGCAGCCUGUCAGAGCAGGGCGCCCACCGGACCCCCAGCAGCACAUGCGCGGCCUGCCAGCAGCAUGUGCACCUGGUGCAGCGUUACCUGGCCGAGGGCAAGCUGUACCACCGGCACUGCUUCCGGUGUCAGCAGUGCUCCAGCACCCUGCUCCCUGGAGCUUACAGGAGUGGGCCCGAGGAGGGCACCUUUGUGUGUGCGGAGCACUGCGCCAGGCGGGGCCUGGCUAGGUGGCCAGGGGCCAAGCUCGGGCCCCCUCGACAGCCAAAGCAGCAGCAACUUGCAGAAGAAGCCAAGGAUGUGGAGGGAGACAGUCCUUGCCCUCAUGCGGCUGCAGGGGUUAAGGUGGACACGCCCAAGGCCAGCCCUGAGGCCCGGCCCCAGAUCCCCACCAAGCCCCCGGUUCCUGGCAAACCCCAGGAGCUGGCCAGCCCCCCGGCCAGCCGCCCCACGCCUGCCCCCAGGAAGGCCUCGGAGAACACAGCCCCGACACCCCCCACGCCCCGGCCCCGGUCCAGUCUGCAGCAUGAGAACUUGGAGCAGAGUGGCAGCAGUGGCCUGGUGAAUGGAAAGCUGCACGAACCCCCCGUCCCCAAGCCAAGAGGGACGCCCAAGCUGUCAGAGAGGACACCAGCCCCCAGGAAGGACCCCCCAUGGAUCACGCUGGUGCAGGCAGAGCCAAAGAAGAAGCCCGCCCCCCUGCCCCCAAGCAGCAGCCCUCGGCCGCCAAGGCGGGACAGCAGGCCGGUUGAGGAUGGUGGCGUGGAGGAGGUGGCCCCACAGAGCCUGGCGGCGGCUGGCCAAGAGCCCAAGCCCUACAACCCCUUUGAGGAGGAGGAGGAGGAGGAGCCCCCCGCUGCACCCAGCCUGGCCCCUGGCUCUGGCCUGGCCCCCCCUGAGUCCACACCCAAGUCCCUGCACCCCUGGUAUGGCAUCACUCCCACCAGCAGCCCCAAGACAAAGAAGCGCCCUGCUCCCCGCGCGCCCAGCGCGUCCCCACUCGCUCUCCACACCUCCCGCCUCUCCCACUCGGAGCCGCCCUCGGCUACCCCGUCGCCAGCCCUCAGCGUGGAGAGUCUGUCGUCCGAGGGCUCCAGCCAGACCCCUGCUGGGGAGCUUCUGGAGCCACCAGUCGUGCCCAAGAGCUCCUCAGACCCUGCUGUCCAUGCCCCCGGCACUCCUGGGACCUCUGCCAGCCUCUCCACCAACUCCUCCCUGUCCUCCUCUGGGGAGCUGGUACAGCCCAGUGUGGACCGGACGCCGCAAGCCAGCCCUGGCCUUGCCCCCAAUGCUAGGGGCAGCCUGGGUCCCCAGCCAGCCAAGCCCCGCAGUGGCGCUGCCCCCACCCCUCUCUUGUUGGUUGGAGACAAGAGCCCUGUGCCUUCCCCUGGAACCUCGUCCCCGCAGCUCCAGGUAAAGUCUUCCUGCAAGGAGAAUCCUUUUAACCGGAAGGCAUCACCCACAGCAUCCCCAACCACAAAGGUCACCAAGGGAUCCAAGCCAGCGAGGCCGCCUGCCCCAGGACACGGCUUCCCUCUCAUCAAGCGCAAGGUCCAGGCUGACCAGUACAUCCCCGAGGAGGACAUCUACGGAGAGAUGGACACCAUCGAGCGCCAGCUGGAUGCCCUGGAACACCGUGGGGUUCUGCUGGAGGAGAAGCUGCGUGGCGGGGCAAACGAGGGCCGUGAGGACGACAUGCUGGUGGACUGGUUCAAGCUCAUCCACGAGAAGCACCUGCUGGUGCGGCGGGAGUCGGAGCUCAUCUAUGUCUUCAAGCAGCAGCACCUGGAGCAGCGCCAGGCCGACGUGGAGUAUGAGCUGCGGUGCCUUCUCAAUAAGCCAGAAAAGGACUGGACAGAGGAGGACCGGGGCCGCGAGAAGGUGCUGAUGCAGGAGCUUGUGACCCUCAUCGAGCAGCGCAACGCCAUUGUCAACUGCCUGGACGAGGACCGGCAGAGGGAGGAAGAGGAGGACAAGAUGUUGGAAGCCAUGAUCAGGAAGAAAGAGUUCCAGAAGGAGGCUGAACCCGAGGGCAAGAAGAAGGGGAAGUUCAAGACCAUGAAGGUGCUGAAGCUGCUAGGAAACAAGCGUGAUACCAAGAGCAAGUCCCCCGGGGACAAGAGCUAACAGCGAGGGCCGCCAGCCGGGGACUCCCACCCGUCCUGUCUUGGAUCCCGGGCUGUGCUUGCCGGGGGGCACCUGCUUCCCUUCAGGAUCAGUCGAGAGGAAAGAUGACUUACGGGGAGGGAGCCUUUGGGUGGCCUCUCCCUCCUCAGGGUCCUCUGGCUGGUCUGGGCCAAAGUUUUCUUCCCUCUUCUCUGAGCCACAGGCAGCUGAGGCUCAGCCCUGCCCAGCCUGGUUCUGACGACUCCAGAUGCUGUGACUGACCCAAGGAGCAGGCAGGGUCCUGAGUCCAGGGGGCAGCAGCAGCCGAGCACAGCUGCCCCUCGUCCUGCCCAGCCCCUGCUGUGAUGGACAGCUCCUUGGUCCCUCUUCCCUCUUCCCACAUCCAGACGGGAUUCUUAGCUGGCAAAGUCCUGACCCGAAGGU